ACUGGAUAUUGAGCAAGGUCCUUGAAACAAUCUCUGCUAGACAGACAAAUUUACAAAAGUGAUCAGAAAAAUAGAGGGACCAAAGUCCCUGUGGUGUGGAACUAACAUGUUGUGACCAGCACACAAACCUCAGCUCACAGCUAAUUACUAGAGGCAUCCCUCAGGAGUGAUAUUGGUACCAGGAAUGUUUAAUAUCCUUAUUGAAGACCUUGUCAAUGGGACUGACUGCACAACCAAUGAAUUUUCAGACAGAAUAUCAAACUGGGGAGGGAUAGUUUACCUACUGGAGCACAGGGUUGCUGUUUUCUACAGCAACAGGCUGAAGGAAUGGAUGGAUGGAAAACCCAAAAAGCUCAAUCCAAAGCAUGUGCAAAGUGCUGUAUCUGGAACAGAAUAAACCCAUUCAGCAACACAGCCUGGAGGUCAACCAAAUGCAAAAUAGCUUUGCAGAAAUAGUCUGGAUGUCCUGGAUGACACUAAAGUGAACAAAAUUCAGCAGUGUAUCCUUGUGACUAAAGUGAGCACUCUGCACCUUACUAAAGAGAAUGUAGUGAUUAUUCCCCUGAAUGCAGUAUUUGUGGGAUAAUCUCUGGGGCACUAUGUCAAGUCUUGGGCUCCCCAGUACAAGUGAGGUACUGAGAUAUUGGAGUCCAGGGAAGACCACCAAGAACACAGAUCAUACAGGGAGAGGACAAGAGGCCCUGUUUCUACCUACAGUAAUCUGAUGAAAAGACAGAGAGAAUGAAUGUUACCAGAUUCUUCUCAAAUGAGGCCAGAGAUGGGACAAAAAGGUAACUGGCACUAGCUAGGACAUAGGAAAUUUAUAUUACAUAUUAGGAAAGAAAUUUCACCAUAUCCAUGUUCCAAAGCUGGAACAUGUACCCAGAGAAGCUGUGGAAUCCCCAUCCUUGUAAGUGUUCACGUCUCAUUUGUGUGCGCUCUGAGAAGGGGCUGGACCUGAGGACUCCCAGAGGUCCCUUCAAACCUGAAUUAUCCUGUGAUGCUGUGAUGCAGAAUAAAGUUUGAAAGUGUCCAACUUCUCUAUUUUAAAAUUUCUGAGAAAUAUAUGAGGCUCUAACAGACUCAUGAAUCAGUUUGUAACCUGCUUUUUUGACAUCAGGGGAAGAUAAUGCUGACAAAUUAUUGAAUAUGACUUAAUGUCUGCUAAGAAUUAACGUAACUUUUACAUAGAGAUAACAGAUGUAGUUUAAGAAAGACUAUUGCUACCUAGCAGCAAACAGGUUUAAAUGUUAGUUAAAACCAUUUGGAUGUAUUACAAUUUAUGAAAUAAUUUCAGUUUUUCAGUUAGUACCUUGGAAUAGUUUAUGCUGGACGGAAAGGAAGACGUGAAAAACUGUGUGAAGUAUUUGGUCUUCUCUGACUGAUUCUUAACUGGCCAGGUUGUCAGAGCUUUAUUCAAAAAUCUGUUUUCCAAAAUUUUGUGUUCAUCAUGACAUUUUCAAAACUAAAAUCUAAGCUGUAGCUAUUUUUAGUCAAGUUACAUAUCUAUUACCAGACUAUGACUUCUCCAUUAAAAUUGUAUUAGUCUGAGAACUCAAAAGUGUAAAGUUUAUUCUCCUUUCACAUAUGUUCACAUAUCACAGAUCUAGCUGUGACAUUAGCUGAAAGGACCAAUUGAAUACAGCACUUUCUGCAAUGCAGAUUAAAGUUCAAAAACUUGAGAGUACUUAAAAAGAAUAUGAAAGUAAAUAAAUGUGAGAAAACCUCAUGGAAAAUAUUGCUGUAAAAGACUGAGUCAAAGAAAGAAGUUUCCAGACUGUCACUAUGAAGACAGUCUGAGAAAUUAAAAAGCUGAUGACAUUUUACUUUACCAUUUUAUUUGUUGGCUGCUAAAUAGUUUCCAGACUGUCAUAUAAAAUCAUUAUCAUCUUUAUGAUAUCUGCUUUCUUUAAGGUUUUAAAAUCAGGUACUAAGUCAUAAAACCAAAAGCACUGCAAAGUAUCUUCUACACAUUUUUAAAGCAGUUAUAGUUAGAUCCUUAGCUUACUUUCCUGGAAUUGUGCUGAUUUACAUUAUCCAAAGGUCUAAUUAUUGUUGUAGACAUAUUGCUUCAUUCUGUGAUAGGGAAAACAAAUGAGAUGAGACACUCCAGAGUUUCUUCACUUCACCUCUGCAAAGAAAAUAUGUAAGAAAGCCAGCUCUGUGUAAUCCCUCCCUCCCUUAAAGUGUGACCUGCUUGUUUUACCUCUAAACUGUCCCCUCCUGUAGAAAUUUGGAGCUUUUGCAUUAGCAGUUGUCCUGGGUAAAAAACCCAAAAGGUAGCUGUCACCAAGCAAAUUUCUGAAGGUGAAAAGGGUGAUAUGCAAAUAAAAGGAUUCCUGAGGGAAUGAUUUUUUUCCUGCUGUUAUCAAACUAACUUUAUUUCCAAGUAUAGUGCAUCACUGCACAGUACUUAGCAGAUAAAACAUCCAUGGAAUUAACACAGAAAAACAUUCAUUUUCUUAGGAACAGUACUCAAACAAGAUAAAUGCCCGUCAGAAACCCCUGGUGGAACCACAGUUCCAACAUACCAACAUUUGGCUAACAAGCAAAACUCAACUAAUGGCAUGAUGGCUUAUUUAGAAGUGAAUACACUCACCUUGCAGCAAUAGAGCUGCAAAAUGUUUCGUGUCUUGAAAAUUUCCAUUAUUCUCCCCUUGAAGGGGAAGGUAGCACAGAAAAAAAUAGCAGUGAAAUAGGGACAUUUCUCAUAAAAACAGUGUAGAAUCUUAUCUUCUGCCUUAUCUCUCUUCCUGCACACUCUAGUUUGUAAUUCUUUCUGGCGGGAUGGUUUUGUUUUUGGUUUUGUUUUGUUUUGUUUUGUUUUUGUAUGUGUGUGUGUGUGUGUGUGUGUGUGUGUCUUUUGAGGUCUUUGCAGAGUAUCAGCCUUUCAGUGUUAGCUCUUUGCACGUCCUUAUUCUCAAACCAGGCAGCGAGGUGGGGAGGAAGCCGUAGCAGAGAUAAAACUUGGUACACUCAGCCCAAUAUACUCGUCCAUAGCACUCCGUCCUAGCUCCGCCACUCCUUGAAUAAGAGUUCUACAAUGUGCGUUCUGCGGGAAAGCGGAGGAAGAGGCGUUUCGGAUAAAGACAGCGGAAAACAUCACCUCCUUACGCCUUUUCUUCUCCUGAAAGGCUGCGAGAGGGAAGAGACACACACCCCUCCGCCUCCUGAUUUUUCAGACUGAAAGAUCUGUGUAUUGACUCGCUGAGAGAGACAACUCUCUGUUUCAGUGAUAAAUGAGUUUCAGAAGAGUUGUGAAUUCAAGCUGCAACUCUCUUGAAUUUGGAGGACUCCCUCUCCAUCCACUUUCCACCAGGCAAGACUUGCAUAGCUUUCAGAAGAAGCAGGAGCAAUUAAAUUUAGAGUUUUUUUGGCAAAGAAGUGAGAAGUAACUCAAGAAAAUGACUCUUAUUAUUUUUUUUGCAAUGUUGAUCAUGGAAUCUGCCACUGAGAAGCUGUGUCCCCUUCGUGCCUCCAUUGAUGUUCUAGAAGGGGAAUAUUUUUUCCUUUGUUAUCUUGGGUCAAGACAUGAACAUUUUCAGGAAGAAGCGUGCACAAUAACCUGGUACAAAGAAAGUGCUGGAAAGCAGCAACUGAUAAAGGAAACACACAGAAUUGUUUCCCAAAAGAAUUUUCUGGAGUUUUGGCCAGCUGAACUCAGUGACUCUGGGAAUUAUUCUGUCAUUCACAGCAAUGGAAAACAAAAUUUCACAGUUCAAAAGUGGACCUUGAAUGUACUUGAAAGAAAUAAAAGCAGCUGUUUCAAUGAAAAUCAUUUAACUACAGAAAUUAAAAGUGCUGGAACUGGUCAUUCACUGAAAUGCAAUGAUUUGUCUCUCUAUGAAAAUGACAGUGUAACAUGGUACAAGGACUGUAAGACUUAUGAACAUGCAACAGAGAGGGAACUAAAUUUUAGAACCUUAACAGUACAGAACUCUGGGAUAUAUACCUGUAAAAUUUUAAUCAGUCAUGAAGGAAAGAUAUACCACAGCACAAAUACAAUUAAACUUGUAGUAGAAGAAGAUGCAUCAGAGGCUGUCACUUUGGAGAUAGUUGGACAUCAUGAAGAAAUUGAAACUGAAAUAGGUAAAGAGGAGAUACUCAAUUGCACAGGUUUCUUGGGUUAUUAUAUGCAAGAAGAUGCCAGUCUCUACUGGUUAAUUAACCAAACGUUUCCAGAACCAUGCACAGGUAUCCCUGAGAAUGAACCUUCAAUAUGUGAAGAAGAACUCAAAAAACUACAGUUGGGAAACAAGUUCUAUAUUACAAGGCUACUACGGAUCAAAAAAAUAAGAGAGAAGGACAUGCAUCAUAAUUUCACCUGCAUGUUGCAAGCUGAUGAAAGCACACAGAUAAGAACAGUAAAACUGAAGAAAGGGAAGACUCGAGACCUGCCUGUGCACAUAUUUACCACUGGAAUGGUCCUUGCUCUGCUAUUUCCAUUUGUUGCUGUAGCUGUGGUGUUUGUGUUUGUGAUAUUUAGGGUCGACUUUGUUCUAUUUUACAGAUAUGUAUGCAGGAGAGAUGAUACUGCUGGAGAUGGAAAAGAGUAUGAUGCAUUUGUGUCUUACCUGAAAGACUGUGUUUCUCCUAUUGAUGAAGAGAGAGAAUUUGCUUUGAAGAUAUUGCCCAUGAUAUUAGAAGAAAACUUUGGGUACAAGUUAUGUAUAUUUGAGAGGGACAUAUUCCCCGGAGGAGCAUUUGUUGAUGACAUCCAUUCAUUCAUUGAUAAAAGCAGAAGAUUAAUCAUUAUACUGAGCCAGAACUACGUUUCUGACAGAGCCAUAUACGAACUUGAGAGUGGACUGCAUAAAGCUCUAGUUGAAAGGAAAACUAAGAUCAUAUUAAUUGAAUAUAUGCCUAUAAGUGACUACAGUUUCUUGCCAGAAUCACUGUCACUUUUACCAUCAAGGAGGGUGGUGAAGUGGAAAAAAGAGAAAUCUCUUCCCGUGAAUUCCAGAUUUUGGAAGAACCUUCGGUACCUGAUGCCAGCAAAGCCUAUCAAGAUAAAGACCAAAGGGCACUAUAAUAAUCUUGACCUAGGCUCAAAAUCUCCUCAACCCUGGAUUGAGGGCUGUGACUUUAAUGCAAUUGUAUAACAAUUCUGGAGAAAGAAGGUGUAGCAGAAAACUAUAUGUUUUGUUAAUUAAUAAAAUGAAAUAAAUGAAUAUUUUGGGGAAUAAUGUUGAUUGAGUGGCCAGCUCUGAGAUCUGAAGAGAAUGCAGAAGUUUCUGCAGUGAGCAGGAUGAUGUUAACCCCAAUUGCUAAAUCCUAUCUCAGAGAAGGUUUCCUCAGCAAUCUGUGCAAGGAGCAGAAGUUUCAUUCCACUUAAGACCUACAACAUGGCAUGAAGCACAAUGAAAAACAUUUUUAUUUCACAGUUUUCAGUGAUGGAGAAUGAUAUUAUGUUUACUUGCAUAUACUCUUUAGGCCCUUCAAUAAAUAAAUCAGUACUUGCAAUCUCUUAUUAUUA